ACAGCGCACGCAGAGGACCUUCGGCUCGCCGCCCCGCGCUUGGAACCAGCCACUGUCUCGGGCCCGUCGGCCCGAGGACCUUUUCUGCCCGGGUCGUGUUUCCGAGCGGAUCGCGCGCCGUUGAGCGUGUCGGAGCCGAAGUGCCGAGGCCUUGGAAGAGUACGGGCGUGAGUAACCAUGGCCGAGCAGCGCCUGCCGGUACCUCGGCUCGAGGGCGUUUCGCGGGAGCAGUUCGUGCAGUGUCUCUACCCACAGAGAAAACCUCUUGUUUUGGAAGGAAUUGAUUUGGGAGCAUGUACAAGCAAAUGGACAGUGGAUUAUCUAAGCCAAGCUGGAGGGAAGAAAGAAGUAAAGAUUCAUGUUGCUCCAGUUGCACAGAUGGACUUCAUUAGUAAGAAUUUUGUAUAUAGAACUUUACCUUUUGACAAGUUGGUCCAGAGGGCAGCCGAAGAAAAGCAUCAAGAAUUCUUUAUAUCAGAGGAUGAGAAAUACUACUUACGGUCACUUGGAGAAGACCCUAGAAAGGAUGUUGCAGAUAUUAGAAAGCAGUUUCCUUUAUUGGAAGGAGAUAUUAAGUUUCCAAAGUUCUUCAAAGAGGAGCAGUUCUUUUCCAGUGUUUUUCGAAUUAGUUCACCAGGAUUACAACUUUGGACUCACUAUGAUGUAAUGGAUAAUUUCUUAAUACAAGUGACAGGAAAAAAGCGUGUUGUAUUGUUUAGUCCUCGAGAUGCCCAAUAUUUAUAUUUAUCAGGUACUAAAUCAGAAGUGUUGAAUAUAGAUAACCCAGACUUGGCUAAAUAUCCACUCUUUUCCAAGGCUAGAAGGUAUGAAUGUUCCCUUGGAGCUGGUGAUGUAUUAUUCAUUCCCGCUUUAUGGUUCCAUAAUGUAAUUUCUGAAGAGUUUGGAGUGGGAGUGAAUGUCUUUUGGAAGCACCUUCCAUCUGAAUGCUAUGAUAAAACAGAUACCUAUGGAAACAAAGAUCCUAUAGCAGCAUCAAAAGCUGCACAGAUUUUGGACAGAGCCUUAAAAACACUGGCUGAAUUACCGGAAGAAUACAGGGACUUCUAUGCACGGCGAAUGGUCCUACACAUUCAAGACAAAGCUUUCAGCAAGAACUUUGAGUAAAUAAUGAAGUGAAUGCAGUGAUUGUAAACAUUUUAAUAAAAUUUAGCUCAAAUAUUAGAAAAAUAUAACAAGAUAUAAAAUUUUAAAGAUUCAUUCUUUGUUAACAUAGGAAACAUAAAUCAGCCUCAGGUUUACAGAUUAAGUAUGAAAGGGUGUUUACGUGGUUUCUGCUUAAUGCAGAUUAAAGAAUUCUUUACUGGCACUACUUCUUAAGGUUUCAGAUGCAAACAACUAAAAAUGCGACUUAAAAUGACUUAAGCAAUCAGAAAAUAUAUUGAAUUGUGAUACAUGGAGUCUACUGAUAGAGAAUAGGUUUCAGUGUUUCCAGUCCAGUGAUUCAGUAAUGUCAUCAAGAACCUCCACAGUUUUUCCCCCCUCUCUUUUCAACCACAGUAUAUUGGCAUCAUCCCUAAGACUGACUACCCUCGUGGCCAUGGGAUGAUUGCCAGCAGCAGUUGGGGCCUUGAGCGUCUUCAUUUACAUGCAGCUGAAGAGUCAGGCUGGAUUCCAGGGGCCCUGUCUUAAUAAGAGAAAGCUUCCCAGAAUUCACUACCAAAUCCUUGGGUCUCAUUGCUUUAAAGUGGCUUAGACCUGUCCAACCCUGAGCUAGUUACUGGUGAAGGGUAUGGAAUAACCCUUAAGGCCAGUCAGGUCUACUGGUGGUGAGAGUAGAAUCCUCUUACUUUGAGGCACAUUAGCUAUAUAUAUAACUCAUGAGGCAGAAUGGAUACUUUUUAAAAUCAGGGUUCUGAUAGGAAAGGAAAAAAGAUGGACAAUUAACAAUGUCUGCUACAUUUGCCUAUAAUCAGAAUCUUGAGUUGUUUUAAACCUGCAAAUGCCUAGGCCCCAACUUUGUAGAUUUUGAUUUAGUAUGUUUGGGAUUUGGUACAGUGUUUUGAAGCAUAACUGAGAACCCCUGGAUAUAGUGACUAGGAUUAUUAGUUUUGUGAUUUGCCCAAAACAAAUGUUUGAUCUGAUUCUGGUUUUUCAUGCCACCCAGUGUGUCAGGUCUCUUUUUUCAAUUUUUAAAUGUUAGAAAAUAAAUGUUUUUAUAGCUGUGUCUAAACCUUAACUUAAGUUUUCCCCACUAAAUACUUUUUCACCUGUCCCUUUUAAAAAAAAAAAUUUUUUUUUAAAGAAUGAAUAAGAGAUCCUAAUGUUGUUAUUGACAAUGAGCCAUUGUGUAUGGAUCUGUGCUGUUCUUUGCUUUGCACCUAGUAAUUAGAUUGCAGUGUAACUGCAUAAAAACCAAAUAUAUUUACUGGAUACAAAUAUGCCCAUCUAAAGCAAUCUCUGCAACAAUUUGGCACAUUUUAAUUAUGGAAAAGAUAAUUUUCUCUAUUGAAGAUAAUCCAUCUACUCAUAUCCUUUGGAGUUGGAUUAGUUUCAGGCAUAAAAAGCAAAUUACAGUAAAUAAGAAAAGUAUAUAAAAAAAAUUCUGAGUUUCCCAGCCAUCUUUAAAAAGAGAUAUUUAAGUUACUCAGGUCAACAAGGUAAAAAAAAGUCUGGCAGAAGAGGAAUUGUUUUAAUAUAUCAGCCAGAUCUAAUUGUCAGAUUUUGACCUUUGGUUACUUCUUAGGCUAAGCAAAGAACUUAUUUAAUGAUUCUUUCAGGAAGGAAAAGACAAAACCCCUCUUAGUAUUUAUAAGUCAGCUUUUAAUAAACCUUCCUUGGUUUUUUUCUUUUUUUCUCAACCAGUAAGAGAAUCAGGGCACAGUGUAAAUCCAGAGUCAUGUAGAAAACUUGGAAGUAAAACAUUACAAUUUGCAUACUGAAUAUUCAUUUUAAUUGUUUGUUUAGUGAGGAAGCAAACUGGAUGACCUUUGGCAAGUUAAAUAACCUUUAUUAAGGUUAUUUUCCUCAUCUUUAAAACAACUAAUGUAUAUUUCAUGGUGUUGCUACAAAAAUGGAAGAAAAUAGUUCAAGGGCAGGCACAUAGUUGAUGGCUGGUGCUAAGAGAUUUGAUGUAGCUUCUGUUGCAAUAUUAAAUUUUAAUAUUUAGAAAGGUAGAGAUGAACCCUUUUUUACAUUACUUCCGUGGUCAUAAUUUUUAAUGUUAGGGAGGGUCUCUUUAUUUAAAAUACAAAAUAUUUUAAUCUUCUUUGCCUACUGGGUUAUUUAAGACCAAAUGAGAUGUUUCUUUUUAAUAUAUAAAAUACAGUAUAUGCUAGGCUGCAAUUUCUCAGGAAUUCCACCUCUUAGAAUUUUAUUGCUGAAAGGGAUCUUAGAAACUAUCAGUCAACCCAGAUUGUUUAAAUGAUUGUACAAGUUCAAACAGCUGUGGGUAAUAGAAGCUGGGGUUGUGACGACAAUUAUUAAUUCUCCAUUCUCUCUCCGUUAUGUAUUGCACAUUUCAAAUACUUCAGAAUAGAUUACAUUGCUUUUCUUUGGCUACAGUCUGGGGGCCUCACGUGAUGCACAAAGGAAUGUUUUUUCUCCAACAACAAAACUCCUCACUGCACUGCUUGCUAUAGACAAGGAUUCAAAGUGAAACUAAUGAUGAACAGUAGACAAGAGAAUGUAAUACAAAAAUGGAACACUACAUAAAGAAUAAGGCAAAGGUAUAUGUAUUGGCAUGGAAUUUUUCCAAUGUAUUUACGUGAAAAAAGGUUUUGAAACUAUACUGCCAUUUUUGUAAAACAAGGUAUGCUAUAUGUAAACAUUUAUUUGCAUAUGCAUAGAAUUAUCUCUGCAAAGAUGCACAAGAAACCAGUGAUAGCGAUUGCCUCUGAGAAGAGAUUGAACAACUAGAUGGGCAGACUAGAAUCUGCAGUUUUGUAUUAUUUGAAUUUUUGUUCACAUUAUUCUUUCGAUAUAACAUUUAAAAAAUAUGUGUAGAAUGUAAUUUGCUUUUCGUGAACAUAAAAGCUAAUAAUUACACUCUACACAUAAUAUUCCAGUGUACUGGAAUUCUAUUUAGUAAUUUCAAACUUCUCACUUUCAUGAAAUGUCCAAAAUAAGGGGAACAAAGUCAACAGGCUUAAUUUGUAUCCUUCAUCCUUUUGAGCAGCAGCUAUGUGAACAUUUGGAAAGAACCUUAGUAAUGAGGCUUUUCUCUCACCUAUAAAAAGUUGCCAACAGACACUUAAGCUGAAUCUACGGAGAUAACUGUCCCCCUCCCCCCCAAAAUGCAAGAAGGUGAAAGGCAAGUCUGGAUGGAAUUGGAACUGUGCUCCUGUGACUUUUUCCCCCAGUGCUAAAAAAAAUGGAUAUAGUCAGGAGGAAUCAACGUAGAUUGGCAGUCACCCACACAUCUCUGGUGUUACCUUAGUCUUAUUUCAAGCAUAUAAGCCAAGUGUUUGGGUGUCUUAAAUAUCCCCAAGUAGUCUCUCUGUUUUUAAGUUUCAUUAGAUGGGAUACUAAAAUGACCAUCCUAAGUGACUUUGCCUACCACUGUUAUCCUUGCUGCUUUUGUAAAGAGGAAUAUGAAUUUACAGAUGAGAUCUACUGACAUUCUCUAAUGUAUGACUCUUUUAAAGGCUCUUAAAUGAAAUAGAAUAGCUCUUUUAUGAAUACUAUUAUUUGUUUCAUAUUUUGCCUUUUAAGUUUUAGCCUAUUAUAAAUUUCCCUACUAACAUGCUGGGACUUUGUUUUGUCUGUGCUAUAUACUCAUUGCCCAGAAUCUCCUUGCCCUUGGUGGGUGCUUGGAUAUUAUUACAUGAAUAAAAUGAAAAAUAGAUCACA